AUGGCCCAGUCGCCUGCGCGAGGGCCAGUGGCGUCUGUGGUGGUGCCUAUACCCCAGGCGCAGGUGCCGGCUCAGGUGCCUGGUCAGUUGUCGAUUCAGUUGCCCGGUCAGGGGCACGUGCAGCCGCAUUCGCAGCAGCAGCAGCAGCCGCAAACAGCAGGAGCGUUGCCGCUGCUAGCGGAGGUGGUGGCUCAGACCGUCCUCAGGAGCGUGCUGCUCAGCACGCUCUCAGUCAACCCCUCCUCACCGCUCUCAACCCCUCUCUCCCACACCAGCACUCCCAGCAGAAGUGGUGGCUCAGACCCUCCUCAGGAGCGUGCGGCACUCCCAGCAGAGGUGGUGGCUCAGACCCUCUUGAGAAGCGUGCGGGUGACAGGCAUCGUGGACGGGCACUUCGAGUUUGGCUACCAUGCCUGUGUGAAGAUCGGCGGGCACAUCUUUAAAGGGGUGCUCUAUAACGCGGGCAUAGACCCCAACCCGUCCCAGCCCCUGCCUGGGGGGUUGCUACUCGGCACUGUAGCGCCCUCCACUCCCCAACGUGCUGCCGCCCCAACCCCUUCCCUCGCCACUCCUCUCUCCAUCCCCCCCGUGUCAGCAUCAGCCGCCGCAGCAGCUGCUGCUGCCACAUCGGGCACUCUACCUCUUUCUGCUGCUGCCUCUCCUUCCUUAGUCGCUAAAACAGGCUCGCCGUUACAAGUCCCCAGGCUAGGCUCGACCUUACUAGUCCCGAGUGUCGAGAUUCCAAGCACUUACCUUGCCUCUGUGCUAGGGGCAGCAGGAAGCAAGCAGAAACAACAGCAGCCGCAGCAGCUGCAGCAGCAGCAGCAGCAGCAGCAGCAGCAAGAGCAACGGAAUGCAGUAUUUGUCACUCCGCGCUCUGGCAGCAGCGGCUGCAUCGUUGGAGAGCGAAUUCGCGGAGGUGGACAGGCUGUUGGGGGUGAAUCUGGGGGAAAAAGACAGGCCUCCCCACUCCCACUUCCACCGCCCACUCAUCUCCUCCCGUUUCACGCCCUCACCACACCUCAUUGGAGUAUAAUCCCAUCCUCUCCCCUCCCCCAGGUGGCAGCAGCGGCAGCUUCCCUGGAAGGCGAAUUCGCGGAGGUGGACAGGCUGGUGGCGGUGAACUUGAAGCGCGUUCUCGAUGCCUUCGCCUCUGCACGCGUGGGGCGACAUCAUUUCAGUGGAACGACAGGGUACGGUCACGGGGACGCAGGAGGCAGAGAGGCGCUUGAUUCGGCCUUUGCUCAAAUCGUUGGGGCAGAGGCAGCGUGUGUGCGUGCACAGUUCUUCUCAGGCACACACGCCAUCGCUGCUGCCCUCUAUGCCGUUCUGCGCCCUGGGGACGAGCUGCUGUCAGUGGCAGGGGCACCGUACGACACGAUGGAGGAGGUGAUUGGGCUCAGAGGCACGCCAGGGCACGGGUCGUUGAGAGAGUUUGGGGUGUCAUACCGGCAGAUAGAGUUGACCCCAGAGGGCGGGCUCGACUGGGAUGCUCUCAGCAUGCCAGGUGCGGUGGAGCAGCGGACGCGCUGUGUGUUGGUGCAGCGCUCGUGUGGGUACUCGCUAAGAGAAACACUUACUGUGGAGCAGAUCGGUCGCAUUGUGGAAAUAGUGAAGGCUCAGAACCCGUCAUGCGUUGUGGUGGUGGAUAACUGCUAUGGGGAGUUCGUGGAAGAGAGAGAGCCGACCCACGUGGGUGCAGACCUUAUAGCGGGGAGUCUCAUCAAGAACCCUGGAGGAACGAUUGCCCCCAGUGGGGGGUACGUGGCAGGGAGGGCGGACCUGGUGGAGGCUGCAGCUGCUAGGCUGGCUGCUCCUGGCAUCAGCUCGGGCGCCGGAGCAACAAGUGGUGAGGUGAUGCGGCUGAUGUUCCAAGGGCUGUUCCUGGGGCCGCAGAUGACAGGCGAGGCCAUCAAGGGCAGUCUACUCGUAGCAGAGGUGAUGGCGAAUGAAGGGUUUGCCGUUCACCCCCAGCCCCGAGCACGGCGGAAAGACAUCAUCCAGGCUGUCAUCCUCUCCUCGCCAGCUUGCCUCCUCGCUUUCUGCCAAGCUGUGCAGCGGCGGUGCCCUGUUGGGGCUUACAUCAAGCCAACAGCCGGGGUGACAGCAGGGUAUGAGUCGGAGGUGAGUGCACAACCCGGGGUGACAGCAGGGUAUGAGUCGGAGGUGAGUGCACAACCCGGGGUGACAGCAGGGUAUGAGUCGGAGGUGAGUGCACAACCCGGGGUGACAGCAGGGUAUGAGUCGGAGGUGAGUGCACAACCCGGGGUGACUGCAGGGUAUGAGUUGGAGGUGAGUGCAACGAAUGCUGCCAUGCUCUUUGUUGCACUUCACACCAAGUCAUGCUAA